GAGCAUGGGGGAGGGGAGCGCGCGUCUUCAGGGGGAGCCAAGGUGUCCCCCAACUAAGUGGCGCGGUGAUUGACUGGGCGCGGCAAAAGAGGCGUCCUGAUUGGUGGGCCCGUCUGUGGGGGCCUUAGAAGGCCCUGAUUGGUGCAGUGGUUCAGGGGGUCCCGAUCCCUGGUUGGCGGAGCCAAGAGGGCAGCCACUCUGACCCAGCUCUGGAGGAUGCCCUAAGCAUGGGCUCGCACAGCAGCAGCAGCGCAGGCACCGGGGGCCGAGACGCCCGGGAUGGCUGGACCCCGCGGGGCUCCGAGGAGGAGGAGGAGGACGAGGAUGUGGACCUGGCCCAGGUAUUGGCAUAUCUCCUGCGCAGGGGUCAGGUGCGGCUGGGGCAGGGUGGGGGCCCCACCAACAUCCAGGUGGUUCAGAAUCUGUCAGACUCGGACGACGACAACGACUGCGCCUGGGAGGGGCGGCUCGGAGACCGCUACAACCCCCCUGUGGACUCCACCCCUGACACCCGCGAGCUGGAGAAAAAUGAGCUCAAGACACAGCUGGACCUGGCUGUGGGCAAACUGGGACCUGGGCAGGCUGAGCACAACCUGCCCCGCCUCCUCUCCCAGAGGGAGCGGGGCAUGUGCCACAGCGGCAGCUUCUCCUCAGGCGAGUGCUCCCGUGUGAUGUCACAUUUCUUGCCCAACCACCUGACCUUCACAGACACCUACUCCCAGAAGGCCUUCUGUGGGGUCUAUUCCAGCGAUGGACAGCUCUUCAUGUCCGCUUGUCAAGACCAAACGAUCCGCCUGUAUGACUGCCGCUACGGAGCCUUCCGGAAGUUCCGGAGCAUCAAGGCGCGGGACGUGGGCUGGAGCAUCUUGGACGUGGCCUUCACCCCCGAUGGUGGCCACUUCCUCUACUCCAGCUGGUCUGACUACAUUCACAUCUGUAACAUCUAUGGGGAUGGAGACAACCACACAGCGCUGGACCUGAGGCCGGAUGAGAGACGAUUUGCUGUCUUCUCUCUCACGGUAUCCUCAGAUGGACGGGAGGUCCUCGGGGGAGCCAAUGAUGGCUGUGUGUACGUCUUCGACCGUGAGCAGAACAGGCGGACCCUCAAGAUCGAGUCACAUGAGGAUGAUGUGAAUGCCGUGGCCUUUGCCGACGCCAGCUCCCACAUCCUCUUUUCGGGGGGUGACGAUGCCAUCUGUAAAGUGUGGGAUCGGCGCACUAUGCGAGAGGACGACCCUAAGCCUGUGGGCAUGUUGGCUGGGCACCAGGAUGGCAUCACCUUCAUCGACAGCAAGGGGGAUGCCCGGUACCUGAUCUCCAACUCCAAAGACCAGACCAUCAAGCUGUGGGACAUCCGGAGGUUCUCGGGGCGUGAGGCCAUGGAGGCAUCCCGCCAAGCCGUCACCCAGCAGAACUGGGACUACCGGUGGCAGCAGGUGCCCAAAAGAGCUUGGCGCAAGGGGAAGCUUCCGGGCGACAGCUCCCUGAUGACCUACAGGGGCCACGGGGUGCUGCACACCCUGAUUCGCUGCCGCUUCUCCCCACCCUACAGCACCGGCAGCCAAUAUACAUACAGCGGCUGCUCCACGGGCAAGGUGGUGGUGUACAGCCUCCUGACAGGGCGCAUCAUCAAGAAGCUGACCAAUCACAAGGCCUGCGUGCGGGACGUCAGCUGGCACCCCUAUGAGGAGAAGAUUGUGAGCAGCUCGUGGGACGGGAGCCUGCGAGUCUGGGAGCACCGCCAGGCUGAGUACUACAAGGACGACCUCAGGGACCCGGGGAGCACACCCGCGGCCCCCAAGGCAGAGUGA